GAGGGAAGUUACCAGCAAUAUAUGCACGCGUCAUUGGUCAGUACAUUGGUGAUACAGUUUUUCCUGCAGGACAUUAAAGAAAAUCAAAUCCAAGUAGCUGUGCUAAAAAAGAACAAUUCAGAGAUUUAUUUAACCCAUGGAUGGUCUCGACUGAGAGAUUUCUAUAACAUCAACGCCGGUGCUUGGAUGACUCUUUUGUUUAUCAGUCCUUUUGUUUUCUUUAUUCGGGUACGCAACGUUACUGGUGUCGAAAUCACCUAUCCUGAAAAAUCUCCUCCAUACAAGCUCAUGUUGGAAGAGCCUUUCCUAGAAGCAACUUCAAAUGGACCUAUCCCCUACUUUGUACUUCCAAAAGUUUUUAUACACAGCCUUGAAAAAACUCUAACUGCUCCUGAUGUUCAGAUAGGGACUUUGACAAUCUAUUGGAGAGGUUUCUGUCAAAAUGCACUGCCUAAUGAGGAGACUCAGCUCAGAUUCAUUGAUUGGGUUGGCAAUACCUGGAAUCAUUGUGAUUUUAAGUUUGCCAAUGGACCCUAUAUCAGCUGCAAGAUUUCAGGGCAAUGGAGUGAUAUCUGUAAGGUGCAUAACCUGGUUGAGGGUAUAGUUGUUAAAUUUGGUGUCACUGAGGCAUCUAACAACAGGACCAUCUACUUUAAGUUAUCCCCUUUCAUUGGUGUUAAAACUACCCUCCAUGCUCCUUCCACAUCCAGCAACCGAAAGAAAUUCUACCAAAGCCAGCAUUAUUAUAUGCUCUAAAGCUUUCCCUCUUUAUCAUUGCAACUAUAAUUUCUUUAUCUAUUUUGGAUAUUAUGCUGUAAUAUAUGUAAGAAAAUUGAAUUUUCCUGUUUUUUGAUAUUAGUGGACCUCUAUAUCAAAGCUAUGCUCUUUUUGAUGAUGCA